AUGUUCAAGUUCUUACAAGCAAUACGUGUUAAGAGAUCUUAUCUUUGGGCUCUGUUGGUUAGUGUUUUGUUAUUUGGAAUGUAUUGGUUGGAGUGCCAGGACAUGAAGGUGGCCUGUAGUGAUGCAGAGCAUCCAGCGCUCCCCGAGCAGUCGGAUUCUUCUCUCACCAACCCAAUACUAGCCCAGACGAGCAAACACAUGAAAAUAGACCCAGUGGAUUUCGCAACGCAAGUAGAAGAGAACAAUCCACCGCAAAUCAACUCACCACAACUCCACCCAACCCAAACCAACUCUAUACCAAAUAGUGAUACUAAUGCGGAGUCAACAAGCCAAGAAUCGGCAAGAAGUGCCAGUCCAACUGAAGUGGGUGUUGGAUUAGAAGAGGGGCCAGAAGAACAAGUGCGGCAUUUAGCACCUGUUCAAGAGGAAGAUGAGGAUGUGAUAGAAGAGGAGGAUGUGAUGAAUGUGAUAGAUGAGGAUGUGAAGCGGUCAGGAGCGGGAUCAGAAGAGCAAGUGCAGCAUUUAGCACCUGCCCAAGAGGAAGAGAAGGAAGAAGAAGUGAGUUCUCAACCAUCACCCAAUACUAAACUAACCCAAACCCAGCCACCCAACCCAACAACACCAGAUGCUCCACUAGUUAAGUGUCUGCAGGAAAUCCACCUGAUUAGGAAGUACGAAGACCAUGAAUGGGCAUAUGACUCUAAUCUAUCUAAGUGGGACCUUUCCUUAGAUGAUAAUGUAUUUCCCAAACCCGCUAAACAACUAAGGUAUAUUAUGCUCUACAUGAAAGAGAAAACACCCGCAUCUCGUUGCCUGGAGUAUAUUGAACAGCUUAGCUUGCUAAACAUAGUCAGAUGCAGACUUUCCAUGCGCAUUCGACUUCUAUGGAUGUGGCAGGGCCAAGAAGUAUUCAAAUUGAUUCUUAUUAUGCUGCGGAUAUUUGACACUCCCUUGUUAGUGAUUGAGUUAGCAGAGAGCUUAUUCGACCCCAACUCAAUACAAACGGAAGAGGAUCCAACAGAGCUAAGUUAUUUAUUAGAAGACGUUCCAGAGAAAUUGAAGACGAGAUUGACUGCUUUGUUGGGUGACCUAACAUGGACUAAUGCAAAGUGGGAAAAGUUCCUUGAAGUGAUCAAGCCGACCUAUCCUAGCCUAUCCCGAAUAAGCCUAACACGAGCUGACACAACUCAACCUAACCCAACUCAACCCAAUACUAACCCUGUACCAACCCCGUAA